GAGCGCCGGCCGCUUCCUGCCGAGACGCAACUCGAUCAGAAACGUACAGACUAUCGACAUUUCAUGGUUCCGCUGUGGAAAUGGCCUCGUCUAGUCACCUAGCUAUAAAUGCCAAAUGAGCUACUAUUUUCUGGAGUCGGCCGAGAGAAGAUAGUCCUGUUUUAGCCACUACCCGGGACUAUUGGGAAGUUUGUUACCGUAAAUAGAGGAGUGACUAGGCAGAAAAGCAAUGCCACAUUUCCCGUGGCCAGAGCCGCUGUCACCCGCUCAACUCAAGCGGUUGGAGGAGCAUAAAUACAGCGCCUCCGGUCGAUCCCUGUUUGAGCCCCCGUGUCAGAUCUAUUGGAACUGGCUCGUCCAGCAAAUCCCGACAUGGAUCGCACCAAACACUCUGACUAUCGUUGGACUGCUGAUCAAUAUCCUCUCCACGGUGGUGCUUGUGUAUUAUUGUCCUACGGCAACAGAGGAGGCUCCAUCAUGGGCCUUCAUCGUGAGUGCUCUGGGCCUGUUCAUCUACCAGUCUCUGGACGCCAUUGAUGGGAAGCAGGCCAGGAGGACAAACAGCAGCUCAGCUCUGGGGGAGCUCUUCGACCACGGCUGCGAUGCUGUCUCCACAGUCUUUGUUGCUGUGGGGACAUGCAUAUCAUGUGGAAUAGGAAAAUACUCAAACUGGAUGUUCUUUUGUGGUUUCAUCGGGAUGUUUAUGUUCUUCUGCGCCCACUGGCAGACCUACGUGUCCGGGACCCUCCGCUUUGGCCUGAUUGACGUGACAGAGGUGCAGGUUGCCAUCACGAUCAUGUAUUUGAUGUCGGCUUUCGGAGGCGUGAGCCUUUGGCAAACCACGUUGCCCGUCAUUGGACUGAAGAUGUACGCCUUCCCCAUCAUGGGCAUCAUCGGAGGAGCCCUCUACUCCUGCUACAACUACUUCCAUGUCAUUUUGAAUGGCGGUAUUGGCAAAAACGGCUCUACUGUGGCUGACACCAGUGUGCUGAGUCCUGGUUUGCACAUCGGCCUCAUCCUCACCCUGGCCUUCAUCAUUUUCAAGAAGUCGUCCAGCCACCUGUUUGAGCACCACCCCUGUCUGUAUCUGCUCACCUUUGGCAUGGUCAUCUCCAAGAUCUCCAACAAGCUGGUGAUAGCACACAUGACCAAGAGUGAGCUGCACCUCCCGGACACAGCCUUUGUAGGCCCUGGCCUCCUCUUCCUCAACCAGUACUUCAACAGCUUCAUUGAUGAGCACAUAGUCCUCUGGAUCGCCAUGGUCUUCUCACUUCUGGAUCUAACGCGCUACUGUACGGGCGUGUGCCUCCAGAUCGCCUCCCACCUGCGCAUCCAAGUCUUCAGCAUCACGCCGCCGAGCCACACCCACCGCGACUGACGGCUUGCCCGGCGGGAGGAGGCGGGGGGAGGCGCGGACCUCUCCCCGCUCCUGAAAGCAGACGACCACGAGGAGACACACUCAACCCCGAGCCACUACAGCCUUGACAAAGUGACCACUUCUGAUUAAAACUGCCUCUCACCAGAUGGAAAAAUAAAACCAACUUGACACAACAAACCAAAAAGAAGAAGGGGAAAAAAAAAGGUUUGAAAAGCAUGGAUCUGUUGAAUGGAAAAUUACAUGGAACCAGAGUUUCCCUUGAAUUCCUCAUUGGCUGUUGUAGCCAGUAAGCAUUUUCAUCAUCAGUGCAUGUUUUCAGAAAAUAAAGUUUAGAUUUUUACAUCAGAAGGGCACUCAUUACACCAAAAUGUUUUCAUUAACAGGUACUUUAUAGCUUUGGCAAAUAUCAAAGUGUUUGUAUUUGGUUUAAAUUUACAGACAUGUGUGCGAUUGUCAUAUAUUUAAAACACAUAAAUACUGUGUAUAUGACAAUCGUAACUGCUCAGUAAGAUAAAUCUCUUUGAUAAAUGCCCAAACUAAAUGGUUAGACUAUGACCUGUUUUCUUAAUAAUUUGUUUUUAUUUAUUAAAUGAAUGUGACUCAAUCUGACAUGAAUCAGGGUUUAAAAAUACAGAUUAAAAUUUUUAAAUGACCUCCAUAAUUUCCAAUGAAGUUUGCAAUGUGGACUGGCAGGUUGUCAACGCGCUACGUGAAGGGGUAAUAGUCUGUGUUAGUGCUGAAAACAACGACAGGUGUUCUAUAAGGCUUCUCUUACAAACACUUUUCUGUUAAUAUUUUUAUUCCGUUACACAUCUCAUCCUACAGUCCUGGAAAAUAAAAAUAAAACCCCUCACCUCCAGCCUUUUUAGAGCGCCUUCGACCGAUGAAGCAUUAACACACGACUUUUUGUUUUGCUUUCUCUGUUCUUCUCCCUGAAGGGCUAAUAGUUAAUUAUUUGUGAUUGUACAGAAUUCAACUGAAGACGCCUUAAUUUUUUUGUUGUAAUUACUGUUUAACUUGUGAAUAUUUAAAACAGCUUUGUACGUUUUGUUUUUCCACUAAAGUAUCAUACCAGAUGCAACAAUAGUAAUAAUACAAUGCUACUGGAAGUUUUUUGUUUGUUUUUUUUUAACUGUUCACUCAUGAAGUUUCUUCACUUAUACAAACAUGUAUAUUAUGUAUAGUUGAGUGAUUCAUUUUGUUGUUGUUGGGAUUAUCAAUCAUUUUGUAAUGAUUGAUUAUUAUUGAAUAGUUGUAAUCUGAAUGACUCAUUAUUCAGGUUCAUUGGGAUCAAAAGGGAUAAUUCUGUGGUGCCAGUAAACAAUUUAAGGGUAAGAAAACAAGUGUAUUCUUGAAUUUUAAAAAUAAAAUGAUCUUCCUCUGAGAUUUUGCUUCUGCAGGAUUAUGGACGUUAUAGAGGGGCAUGUCCUUAAAAGAUGAUUUUGCAUAAUUACAAUUGUCUUUGGAACUAUGCAUUGAAAUGUACAACCUCUAUUUCAACACUACAUUGCACUGUUCAAUAAUACAGUAAAACACCUUUCUACUAACAGAUGAGUGGAAAAGAUUGUAAUAAAGAAAAUAUUUUUCAUCUGA